ACAUAUACCAGGCCGGCCUGACACUCACUAUGUGGCUGAGGAUGAACUUGAACUCCAGAUCUUCCUGCCCCUACCACCCAAACACUGAGUUUAUGGGUAUGUUUCACUAUGCCAAAUGUAUGCUGGUGCCAGGGACUAUGCAUGCUAGGAGGACACUCUACCAACUGGGUUUUAUCCCCACCCCAACACAUGCUCCAUUGAGGAGGACGUUAGUAGCAAAUACUAAGAAAUCUGAACCCAAGCUGCCUCGGACAAGCCACGGUUUACAGAUUCCUAAAUGGAAUCCCCAGUGGCAGGGAGGAAAGCAGGCCUGGCUGGAUGUAGGGCCUGGGUGUCAUCAGCAUCCACUGUCACUCUCUCCUGGGUGGCUUGGCGUCCCUCUACUGUUCUUUGCAUUAAUAUUAUUCCCAGGAAACUCCUUUGCUGAGGCGGCAUCUACUAAUUUCAGGUCAGCUUCUCGAAGCCUCUCUUCCCAGCAACUUGGGAAAACACCUAGUCUCAUCAAUUGGAACUGGGGUAUGUGAUUAUCUUUGAAUCAGCCCACCGGCCAUGGCUGUAUAUCUUAAUCAGGACUUGCAAGAGACAGGCCACCUACAUUCAGAUUGCUUUAGGCUAGACCAUUGUUUCCCUAAGCGCCUGAGGUAGAUCAGUUACAUCAGGAGACGGUAAGUCUGCACAGAGGAGCUGGCUAUGGCCUUUCCCUAGCCUCUCCCAGAGGCAAAGUCUAUACACAGGGGUCUGGUCAGAAACAGUAUGCCUAGGAGACAGGUCUUGAGCUGCAUUUGUAUAUAAAAAUGGAGAACAUCUAUAUCAAAAAGGGGAAGCCUAAUGGAUAUUAUGGGAGAUGAGAGGGAAUAAAGACUCCUUAGUGACCCCCCUAGUGCCUUCCCUAUAGCAUAUUUAACGCAGGAAGUAAAGGCCCAGUAGGACUACCAGUCACCCCAGCCACGAUCCAAAGUGCGCCCUGGAGAGGACCAGCUUUAACCACACAUGUUAAUUAUUAGUCCCUGCACAGAGAUCAGUUUAGCUUUUUCAAAGUCCCAACAGAGGAUGCAUAAAGUAGUGCUUUCCCGUGUUCAGUGUUUUCUUUCACAUAAAUGCCCAGACCCCUCAUCCUGGGGGAGAAACAUCAUGUAAGGCAGUUUCACAGUCUCCAGUUUUGAUCUUUGGGCCGUGGUAAAGGUGUUGCUGGCUUUUCUGGGAUGGAGAGUCAUGUUCUUGUACAGGACUAUCACAUGACUACUGAGCUGGCAGAGGGUGUUCUUUUGGAGUUCUUUUUUUUUCUUGCAUCAGUGUUGUGAGGCAAGCUGCUGAUGGUGACCGUGAAGACAGACAGGUGAUGUCACUGGGACCUGGUCUGUCUCUUUCUAGUCCACCUGUUCUCCCCUGCAGAGAGAUUUAAGAGAAACGUGGAGAAGGAUGCCUCCCCGCAGGCAGGCACAUGGGAAUGGGAUGUCUGGCUUGCCUCUGGACUUCCUUCCCUCCGAGUUGAAGUCUUUCACUCUGAGCGCUGGUACUCCACGAAGGCAUGAACUUUUUCUUUCACUUCCUUUCUUCUAUGGGUGAUGACCUGCCAUCUCCUCUGAGAAGGAGUCUGAAGGUCACUGAGUGUCAACAUUGCCACCCCUCUCUGGCUUAAGCAGAAAGGUGGUGGUGGUGGGGGGGUGCGCUGGCUGGUCACCCAAGGGUUUGGAGAUCUGGGAUGACAACAAUGGCUCUCAGAUGUCACGUGUGUUUCUGCCUGAGGGCUCUGUGUACCACCCUUCGAAAGACUGUCAUAUUUUCUCUGGAGUGUCCUUUUACUAUCUACCUCUGUAGGAGGUUGGGAGGAAGGCGUGGAAGCCAGCCCUGGGAGUCCUUGAGGAAGAAGGCUGUUGGAGGUCUUGCAGAAGUCAAGUCCGCUCACGGCUGCGUCCUGUCAAAGGCAGGCAAAAGCCUGCGGGAGUUGGGCAAAGAGCCCUGGGUCAAACUGGGCCAGCCACUGACAACGGUGGCCUCUAGCUGCAGCUCCAGUCUGGGUCUCGGUCCACUCACAGCGUGGCUUCAGGACCUCAUGGCGCUUUGGCGGACAGCGGGUGGGGACAGAGGCUUCCAAACGCCUUAAUCUCCCCGCCCAUGCUCCGCCACGGAAAAAAAAAACAAAAACCAAAACAGGCUUGCGAGAUCCCGCAGCGUCCGAAGACAUCACUGCGCCGAACGUCACCCUCGCUCUGGGUUUGGGGGGGAGAGCGCGCCGGACGGAGGAGGAUGGUUCAGCGCGGGCUGAGCUGGAAGGGGUUCUCCGCUCGUCCGGCCGCCGCCUUCGCGUCCCUGCCUCCCUGGCUGCUCAGCGCCUCGGGGGUGGCGGCCGCGCGACCGAGCAGGGGAUGCGCUUACAUAACCGCUCGCCGGGUCCUGCUGCCUCGCGCGCUCGGGAGCCGCGGGCGGGGCGCGCCGCGGGACCGCGAUGCUGCCGGGACCAGCGCGACAGGGCCCCGGCCGGCCGGGCAGGCGGAGGAGCGGGAGCCGCGGCGGGAGGAGGGCGCCGGCGGCGGGGGAGGUGAAGGCCGGCCUACCACUCCUCCUGCUAUGAUGCCUGGGCAGAUCCCGGACCCUUCGGUGACCGCAGGCUCUCUGCCAGGGCUCGGCCCCCUCACCGGACUUCCCAGCUCUGCUCUGACCACAGAGGAGCUGAAAUACGCUGACAUCCGCAACAUUGGGGCCAUGAUUGCGCCCUUGCACUUCCUGGAGGUGAAACUGGGCAAGAGGCCCCAACCUGUGAAGAGUGAGCUAGACGAGGACGAGGAGAGGAGGAAAAGGCGUAGAGAGAAGAACAAGGUCGCCGCCGCCAGAUGCCGGAACAAGAAGAAGGAACGGACGGAGUUUCUGCAGAGGGAGUCAGAGCGGCUGGAGCUCAUGAACGCAGAGCUGAAGACCCAGAUAGAGGAGCUGAAGCUGGAGCGGCAGCAGCUUAUCCUGAUGCUCAACCGCCACCGCCCCACCUGCAUCGUGCGCACAGACAGUGUCAGGACGCCCGAGUCCGAAGGCAACCCGCUGCUGGAGCAGCUGGACAAGAAGUGACUGAAGGCCUGGAGGAGGCGUCAGAGGAAGAGGGGAGGGGGGCAGAGCAAAAGGAGAAGAGGAGCGUGGUGAUGGAGGCCCCCUCCCGGGCGCAUGACAAACUCUUACGAUGAG